GAUUUUUCUGGUGUUGAGGAAGAGAACAAGGGAAAAGACAGAAAGUGUAACGUCAUGAGUUAGCAGUAGGGUUUCCCUUUGUUGUGUAUGUGGUUUUGGAACUUCUUCAGGAUUACACAGAGAUACCUUAUCAUCCCACAUCUCUCUCUCUCUCUCUCUUUCUCUUUCUCACUUGUGUGAGAGACUGAGUGAUUCUUUUUCUUCUUCGUCUUUUAUAUUUGUAUGGUGUUUUCUUUGACUUUCUUUGGCAUGUUUCAUACAUGAAGAUCAUAGUUCUAAGCUAGCUAGCUAGCUGUAUAUAACUUCUACUUAAUUUGUUUCUUUAUGAGUUUUCAAAAAAAAAAAACAAAAUACUGUCUCUUGGGUUGAAGCCAAACAAGGAAGGAACCAUGCCAAUUUAUGAUGUAAAUUAUUGAGAAUUAAUUUUUUCUUUCUUUCUUCCUUCUUCUUUGUUAAGUUUUCUUGUCUUUGGAUCUCAUCAGCAGCUUGAAACUUAAGCCAGCUUGUUGCCAAGAUCUAUAUUCAAAGUUUGUCAUGAGUUUAGAAUUUUUUUAGCUUAGAGAGAUGAUGAAAGGUUUGAUAUUCCACCAGCAACAUCAACAAGUUUUAGAAGAAAACAUGUCUAAUUUGACUUCAGCAUCUGGUGAUCAAGCUAGUGUUUCUUCAGGAAAUCAUCAGCAAUACUUUGCUUCACCACCACCAUCUCAAGUUCAACCAUCUGCUAAAAAGAAAAGAAACCUACCGGGAAACCCAGACCCAGAUGCAGAAGUGGUGGCUUUGUCGCCCAAAACACUGAUGGCAACAAACAGAUUUGUGUGUGAGAUCUGCAAGAAGGGUUUUCAGAGGGACCAGAAUCUUCAACUUCAUAGAAGAGGGCAUAAUUUACCAUGGAAAUUAAAGCAAAGAACAAACAAAGAAGUGAAGAAGGUGUAUGUUUGUCCAGAAGCAAGCUGUGUCCACCAUGACCCUUCAAGAGCUCUCGGAGACUUAACAGGAAUCAAGAAACACUUCUGCAGAAAACAUGGAGAGAAGAAGUGGAAAUGUGACAAAUGCUCCAAGAGGUAUGCAGUUCAAUCAGAUUGGAAAGCUCACUCCAAAAUUUGUGGCACUAGAGAGUACAGAUGUGACUGUGGCACCCUGUUCUCAAGGAGGGAUAGUUUUAUCACACACAGAGCUUUCUGUGAUGCUUUAGCUGAAGAGAGUGCAAGAGCAAUCACAGGAACGAACAAUCCUGUACUACAUCAGCCUGGCUCUAGUUCUUCCCCUCAUGUCAACCAAUUCGACCCACAAGACCUUCAAACUUUUGCACUUAAAAACGAGCAACAAAGUUUUAGCCUAAGACAGGAAAUAAUACCAACCUGGCUUGCUACUAAAAAUCAACCAAUUCCUGGACCACCAUUCACACAAGGUUUAGAUCUCUCUUCAUCAUCCUCAUCAGUCUUCAACACUCAUCAUCAACAUCAAGAGUUUGUGCAUCCAAACCCUAAUUCUAGUCUUAGCCCCACGCUUCCUCCAUAUCAUCAAACAGUUGCAGCAGCAGCAGGAGGAGCUUCAUCACCACACAUGUCAGCAACAGCAUUGCUGCAAAAAGCUGCACAAAUGGGUGCAACAAUGAGCAAUAACAAGACUAGUACUCCUGCGCCUUCAUCACAUUCUCAUGGCAGCUUGAUGAAUGUCAGGCCCCACCACCUCCAUCAACAGCAACAAGCUCACGUGUGUGCGGAUUCCGCAAAAAACAUUACAACAGCUGGUUUUGGUCUCAAUUUGUCUUCACGUGAAGGCCUUGGAAGCAGUGGUGGGUCUGGCUCAUUUGUCCACGGGUUAACACCCUUUGCGAAUAAAGCUGCAACUGCUCCUCCUACUGCAGCAGGCUCAGGCGCCCUUCUUCAAGAAGUGAUGAAUUCUUUGUCUUCAGCUGUUUCAUUGGAUAAUGUUUUUAAAGCUUCCGCGAAUUUCAAUGCAACAACAGCAGCAAGUCAUAGUAGAAAUGAUGACCAUCAUCAUCAAACCAGAGAUUUCUUAGGGCUAAGAUCCCUCUCUCAAUCUGAUAUUCUCAACAUUGCGGGUCUGGGAAAUUGCAUGAACUCUUCUUCUUCUUCUUCCUCUCAUAAGCAACAACAACAUACUCAUCACUCUCAGAAAACAUGGCGAGGUUAGGUCAUGUUUGUUUAUUUAUUCGGCUUUAAUUAAUCACUUUUCCUUCUCACUUCGUUAUCUCAAGCAUCCAAAAUGGAAGGAAUCUCUCAAUAUGAUGAUAAUAUUCAAUACCCUAGUACAGUUAUUUUAUAAUUUUUUUCGCUCUUUUAUUUUUUUUUUAAUUAUCAUUAUUAUUUAUAGCAUGUAACUCUUUUUCCA